UAUGCUUGUGCAGCAGAGAGAGAUGGAGGGGAAGAAACCAGAAGGUUUGUCGGGUGAAGUAACGAAUCAGCAUCAAUGUAAUCUUCCGAUGUCGGUCAUCUCUUCGGCACUUUUAUUCAUCAUUCGGGUUUUCCCCAAAUCAAUGAUCGAUCAUCAACAGCGUUUUAUCUUUGAUUGUCUGCGUAUUAUCGAGAGAAAAAAAAAUCCGGCCUGAAACUUAUAAGGGAUUUCAUAUCCUUGAUUAUGUAUGAUUGCCUCUAACACGUAGUGUGUGGUAUUGUACAUUAGACAUGGAUUUUCCUGAAGUAAACAUGAAAUUACUUGGUGAACUUGAAGAAAUGGGUUUCCCAUUGGCUCGAGCAAUGAGAGCACUUCAUUAUUCCGGUAACUCUAGUUUACUGGAUGCUAUUAGUUGGAUUGUUGAUCAUGAGGAUGACCCUGAAAUUGAUCAAAUGCCCUCGGUUCCAUUAAGAAUCGAAAUUGAGGGUUCUGACUCUUCUUCUUCUGUAUCAGAAGAAGUAAAGCUAAAAGCACAAAAACUAAGAGAUAAAGCACGCAAAAGGAAAAAGGAGGAAAAUAUGAAACUUGAACCAAGUAGAGAGAAGGAAAGAAUUCCGGCAGGAAAAGAACUUCAAGAGGCAAAGAGAAUUGCAGAAGAAAACGAAAGAAAACGUUCUAUAGCCUUGAGGAAAGCAGAGAAAGAGGAAGAAAAUAGAGAUCGUGAAAGAAUUCGUCAGAAACUACACCAGGACAAGGUGGAAAGAAGAGGGGGAAUUCAAAGUCAUGCUCAUGCAUCUCUUAAAACCACCAUACCUGUGGUGCAAGAAAAUAAGAUAUCGCCUGUUGUUACUUCUACUAGAAUCGGUGUUAAUUCAACAACAAAGGUGGAUCUCAUGAGAGACUGUUUAAGGUCGCUCAGGCGAAACAAUAAGGAAAAUGAUAUGAGAAUGAAGAGAGCUUUUGAGACUCUUUUAGUUUAUGUCAGAAAUGUUGCAAGAAAUCCCGAUGAGGAUAAAUUUAGGAAGAUCCGAUUGAGUAAUCCAGCUUUUAAGGAAAGAGUUGGGAUAUUUGAAGAAGGGGUUAAGUUUCUUGAGGUUUGUGGGUUCGAAAGAGUUGAAGGUGGUGAGUAUUUGCUUCUUCCGAGAGGUGAAGUUGACAUGACGGUGUUGAAAUUUGCUGGAAAUGAAUUGCAGUCUGCUAUAACAAAUCCAUAUUUUGGACUUUUAUCAACCGAAAAAUAAGCGUGUAAAUUCAACCAUAUGGUUAUAUAAUAAAAUGUUUCAUUGAUAAA